AUAGGAGCAUGUUGGGGCAUGUGACGCGAACAGAUCUUAGGAGUAUGUUGGGACAUGUGACGCGAACAGACCCUUGGAAAGCACACUUCGAUUUGUGUUGCGAAUCGUCCACGUAUAUAUACAAUGUCAUUGAAUGAUUGAGCCAAUCAACGACAUCCGCAGAUAAGACUACCAAUCAGACGAAAGCAUCAACUCCAAACAAAAUUCAAGAAUUAAAUAACCGUUUGUCGCGAAGGAAUACGCGGUUUAGGCAGGUACAGCAAGAGUGCGAGUAUAAAUAUUCGUUGACUUCGUAUAUUUUAUAUCCAAUUUUGUCUUAUGUUAAUCACGCGGUUCGCGCAUUUGGCGACACAUUAACCACCCGUGUUACCUUUUAACGUAGGAAGUGUUUCGACAAGGACUGAUGUCUAUAUACAUACAUAUAAAUAAAUAUUUGAAACGUUUACAUUUAUCAAAAAAAUAAAACAAGAGAUAGGAAAAGGAUUACUGACAGCCAAAUAUAUAGGUUUUCAUGUGUUAAAUAAAUUUAGUAAAAAAUGUAUUAAAAUACAUUAGUAAUGUUAAACAUUUUAGCUUAAAUUUGAAAUGACUUCAAAAUAUUUAUUAAAGAUGGAAAAUACACUGGAUUCAAUUCGUCCAUCAGAAAAUCCACGAGAAGACAUGUCAUAUUUAUUUGGUAGAGAUCCAAGUAUUCUGGCAUAUAGUCAGAGACCAUUUCCUUCGAAGGAUACGAAGAAGAAUUUGCUUUCAUUAUAUGAAGUGGAGGAAAAUAAUUCCAAUGAGAAUAUAUCUGAACGUUCAGAUUCACAAACCUUACAAACUAUCAAGGUGUAUCUUAGACUGAAGCCAAUUCCAAAAAAGCUGAAGUUGACAGAAGAGCAGCAAGAAGCAUACAAAAUUAUAAAUUCCUCAACAUUGCUUACAAAGCUGCCAAUACUGGAUAGUAAUGGAAGUACCAAGCAGUCCAAGAGUAGUGAGAUUGUAUGCCGCAAGUUUACUUUUUCACAAACAUUUGGACCAGAGACUACUCAAUUGGAACUGUUUGAGCAAACAGUGCAGCAGCAAAUGAUAGAUUUUUUAGCUGGACAAAACUGUACUAUAAUGACAUAUGGUACUACAAAUUCAGGAAAGUCAUACACAUUGCAAGGGACUGCCACUUCUCCUGGACUCAUACCACGUGCUCUGGAAUUUGUAUUUAAUAAUAUUACAACACGACCACAUCCAUUUUACAAACCUUUGCAUUAUAGCGAUGUAGUCAAUCUCAAUGCCCUCGAACGUGCGCAGGAACUUGAGGCAAAAACCAAACUGUUAACAUUCAGUUCUGUAGAUAAACAUCAGUAUAUGAACACUUACAAGCAAAUGCAAAAAUUGUUGCAAGAGGAAUCAAUUCGCCCCAGUCAAUGCUACGACGCUCAUUACUCAGUUUGGAUUUCAUUUGCGGAAAUCUAUAACGAAAUUGUAUAUGAUUUAUUAUCGAGUGAAUGCCAGAAAAAGAGGAUACCUUUAAAAUUGGGAGCGGAUUCUAAUGGCAGAGCGUUUAUCAAAGGUUUAAAAACUAUUUAUGUUAAUUCAGCAGCGGAAGCUUAUCAGAUCUUGAUGGCGGGGCAAUACAAUUUAAAAGUAGCCGCAACUGCGUUAAACGCAAAAAGUUCGAGGUCUCAUUGUAUAUUCACAAUUAUAUUGUUAAAAUAUUAUGCGGAAAAUCUACCUGACACGGUUGAAGUGAGCACGUUUUCCUUUUGUGACCUGGCGGGUUCGGAACGUUUGAAGAAGACACUGAAUAUCGGAGACAGAUUAAAAGAAGCACAAAAUAUUAACACUAGUUUAUUAGUGUUAGGUAGAUGCUUAAAAUCCAUCCAUGAAGGACAAUUGACUAGAACAGAUACUGUGGGACCAUUCAGAGAAUCUAAAUUAACUAGACUAUUCCAGCGAGCGUUGUCGGGAAAGGAACAUCUAGCUUUGAUAGUUAAUGUCAACCCUCUACCAAAUCUUUAUGUAGAGACCCAGAAUGUUUUAAAUUUUGCUGCUAUUGCAAAGAGAAUUGUUAUAGAGAGAAAAAAACAAAUACAGAAGAAAUUGAAAUCAAGAUUUUCGCAAAUCGUCACGCAGAGUAUACAAAUGGUGACCGAUUGGGACACAGAAUUGGAAAGUGUGGAUUGGCAACGUACAAAUAGCGUGGAAGAAAACGAUUCGGAAUACAUUACUUCAGAAGAAUACAUGGAUCUCGCAAACGAAAAUGAGAAGCUAAAGAAAGAAAUUGCUCUUUUAAAGAAUUCAGCUUUAAUUCGAGAUUUUCAAAGCCGACAGGAAAUGGCCGAGAAAUAUAUUGCAAUGAUAAAUGAACUUGAGAUUGAUUGGAAACAACGUAUAAACGAUGUCGAAAUCCAACAUGAAGACGCUCUUGAAUGGACCGUGAAACAAGUUGAAGAAUUUUACAAAAAACAAUUAAAACAAUUGCACAGGAAGAAAAGAAAAUACAGCGAAUGCACUGACGACAGUGAUGAAGAUAAUGACAAUCUUAAUGUAACUAUUAAAGAAUUAAUUAAAGAAAAUACAGAAUUGAGAGAGAAAAAUGAAACUUUAAAGAAAACGUUAACUGAAGUGAAAAUAACGAAUGAGACUUUAAUUGUGGAAAAGAACAAAGUUUUUUUUGAGUUGGGAUUGUCAAAGGAGGACUUAAAAGUUGCGAGAAGUCUUCUAGAAACUGCUCAAAAAGAUAUUUGCUCUACCGCAGACGGUAAAGUUUAUAUAAAGGAACUGACAUCGCAAUUACUUGUUAAAGACGAACAGAUUAAAACUUUAAAGGAGAUACUCAAUGAAGCGAAAGAGGAAUAUAUUACAAUUACGUCUGAUUUGAAAAAGAAAGAACUCUGCAUUGAUGAGCAAGCAAAAAUUAUAGUCGAAAAUGAAGAAAAAAUUGAAGAUUUAGAAUUGCAGCUUGAAGACGUUAAUAUCUGUUUGACUGAAAAAACGAGAAUGAUCGAAUUUUUAGAAGAAAGACUGGAACACCACAGUGAAAACAAAAUUUUACAACUGCAAGAAGAAAUUAAUAUAUUGAAGAAUGAAAAAUUAGCGUUGAUUAAAACUCGUGAAGAAGAAUCAACAUUUACUAAAAAUGAAUAUCAAGAAAUUAUUGUAAAAGAGGAAUUGAUAAUCGAUGAGAUAUCAGAAAAUUCAAGAAUAGAUAAUAAUACCAAAAUAUGUAAUGAUUCUAAUCUUAAUAAAAUUAAAGAAUCCGAUUCAAAUAAUUUUAAUUCUGCAGAAAAGAUACUUCCUAAACAGACAUUGGUGGAUACAGGUUGUCAAGUAGAUAUAACGAAUGACAAAGAUCACAACAAUAUUAAAAACAAGUUGGAAGAAGCUAUUGCAACAAAAUCAGAAAAUAUUCAAACCAGUAACAAGAUAUCUUUGUUAAAAGAAGAAGCUGUUCAAACUGACGAGAUUGCAUAUGCCAGUUCAAAAUUACAAUUGGAUGCAUUGACCAUGCAACAUAAUGAUAUUCAAAUGCAAUAUGAACAGAAAUGUUCGCAAGUUAACAAGUUAACUGAAGAAUUGAUCGAUAUAAAGAAGACAUUACAGACUCUAAAGGAAGAAAAUCAUUCAAAUAAAACUAUUGUAGACGAGUACAAGAAUUCUACGGAAGCACUUAAGGAGCAAUUGAUACUCGCUGUGGAAGAGAAACAAAGGAUGGAGGAGAUCCUAUUGAGCUCCGAUGUGACUUCUAAACAAAGAAUUGCGGACUAUAAAUAUGAAAUUGAUCGAUUGGAAAAAAAUCUGUCAAUUGCAAAGGAUAGCACUCAACAGUAUUUGGAGAAACUGGAAACGGCUCAGAAAGAAUUAGAUAACUAUAAAUUACAAUAUAAAGAAGAAAAAGAAAUAGACAAAUUAGACAAAUUUGUUUCAGUGAAGAAAGAAAAUAACGAUAUAAAUAGUAUACGUAUAAAUCAGUUAGAUAAGUAUGCAGAAAAGAUAUCGCAAUUGGAAAGCAGUCUAGAAACUGUAGAAAAACUUAAGCGUAACAUUGAUCAGUUGAACAAAAACUUAGAAACGUGUCAGAUAGAGAAAAGCUGUAUACAAGAAGCGCUCGACGAAAAUAAUAAGAAAUUGUUGGAACUUGAGACUCGAUUAGAAGAGACAGCUCUUAAGGAACAGGACAAAGACAAUGAAAUCAUUACCUUGCAAAAGGAACUGAAACAGAUGAUACAGAAGAGCGAGAAUGCCGAGAAAAAUGACGAUGUGAUGGAAAUGGAAUUGAAGAGUGCUAUAAAUGAACUAACGCAGACGAAGGAAUCGCUUCUCCAAAAGGAGCAGCAUGUAAAAGAAUUAAAAAUACGUUUGGAGAACUCUGAGAGAAAUGCAAAGAUAUUUAACUUGCUCGAGCAGAACGCGAAGGAGCGGCAAAUCGAAAACGAACGUUUACGAAAUAUAAAUGAUGAGCUGAGAACUACCUUGACACAAAAGGAGCGCGAGAUGGACGCGUUUAUGAAGAAUCGAGACGAAACAGUGACGAAGUACGAAACCCUGGUUAAGAACCAGCAGGAGGAGCUAGACAUGCAAAAGAGAGAGGUGAUGAGGUAUCAAGAAUUAUUUCGUCGGCAAAUCACGCCAACGCCAAGCAAGGAUGAGUACAAGAAGUUGCAAAAUCGCAUAGAGGUACUCCAGGACAGACUGCAAAAGUACGAAGCAAAGGCCAAGAAUGAUUACGACAGCACGUCAGAGGAGGAGGAAAUUUCGUCGGCUCCGCGUCAGCCCAAGCGACGCGGAAAGAAGGCGAUCUUGUCCGCCAAGCAGGAAAAUAUACCAGUUAUCGAAUUGUCUGGAUCCGAGUCGAAGCGCAACACGAGAAAUAACACUACUUUACCACCGCCGGAAACAUCGACUGAAAAGAGACGUACUCGUAGGAAGAAGCUGUUUCUUGAGAACGAUUCGUUUGCGGAGGUUGAACCUGUCACGACGCUUCUGCCAACUCGAAAUUUAAGAAAUCGAAAGAAAUGAAAAUAUGAGACACAUUGUAAAUAUUUUGUAUAUGCUUGAAAAAAAUCAGAUAAGGGAUAACGGAGUACAAAAAGAUAAGAAGAUACGGAACCACAUAACACAAAUCACGAAGCAAGUACUGCUUUUUCUGUGAUAUCGUAAUCAAAUAAGCAUAUAUUUGAUUACAUGUUUAUUAAAAAUCACUUCUUUUUUAAUAUCAUGCAUUGUAUUUUAUAAAAAAAAACUACAUAAUAACAUUAAAGUCACUUACUACAUGCUUUACUCGAAUCAAAGGACAGGACAAUUAGAUAGAAUCUUCGUCAUCAUUGCAUUAUUAUUACUAUAAAGUUUCAAAAGGUGAUCAGAAUCUUGGAAUACUCUUGUAUGUUUACACUCGCAAUUUACAAACGUAAUUUUUUCUUGUGCACUUUACGUGUUCAUAUUUUUUAAUAAUGUACAUUGAAUAAUCCCAAAAAUAAAUUUGUGCUCAAUCGAAUAUGUUAUAAAUUUAGUUGAGUUGGAGUUAUGUAUGUGUAUGUAUCUAAAAUAAAAUUCUCACUAAUGUAAGAAUAACAUA